UGAAACACUAACGGGAAGUAAAGGGAUUACGUUUUUAGUUGAGAGAGCAUGACAUAAAUCCUAAUCCGUGUCAUGUACAUUUAAAUAUAGCGAUCAGAAGAGUAAACUACAACUUUGCUUUUCUGCAUUCUCGCAGUUAAUUUUUUCUUUUGUGAGACCAAUUGACGUGUGAUGAGGUGACAGCAAAGGAACCGCCGAAGGUGAAGACAACACACCAGCACAAGUGGUUUAACUUGGAUAGGCUACUGGUGGAUUGACACACACACACAGAACAGAGGACAUGUGGUGGUUCCAGGAAGGUCUGUGUAUUCUACCAGUAGCUCUGGUAUUAUGGACGACAGCCACGUUCAUCUUCGAUUACAUCACAGCUGUGGUGCUGAGACAUGUGGACCCACUGGUGCCAUACAUCAGUGACACAGGGACAGUUGCUCCAGAGAGAUGUGUGUUUGGAAUCAUGCUGGACAUGUCAGCAUUCCUAGGUGUAGCCACCAUGUAUGUACGCUACAAGCAGGUCCAAGCCUUGACAGACGAAGAGGAGUCAAAGCUCCAUAAACUCAACGUCUUGGGCCUGGUGCUGGGAUGGACCAGCUCCUUUGGCAUGUGCAUCGUCGCUAACUUCCAGAAAACCACUCUGUUCUUCAUGCACCUGGUGGGGGCGAUAUUGACGUUUGGUGUGGGGGCCCUGUACAUGCUGGUGCAGACGCUGGUGUCUCUGUACAUGCAGCCUCACGUCCACGGGAAGAGUAUAUUCUGGGUCCGACUCAGCAUUGGAGUGUGGACCUUUGCCAGCAUUAUCAGCAUGUUUGUGUCAUCUCUCAUCAUGUACAGCAGUCUGCCUGGAGUGGACGUGGCCCAUAAACUGCACUGGAUACCUGGAGAGAUGGGCUACAUCCCUCACAUCAUCAGCGCCAUCUCUGAGUGGUCUCUGGCUCUCUCCUUUGUCAGUUUCUUCCUCACCUACAUCCGAGACUUCCAGAAAAUAACGCUGCGGGCAGAGGCGGACCUAAAGAGUAAUCACAUGUAUGAUUCACCGCACUACAGCGUCACCACACCUCUCAACCAAUCAGAGACCUCUCCACUACUGGCGGGGGGCAUCUGAACAAGACCACUCCUAGUAGUGUGGUGGAGUCGAGCUGUAAAUGUCAACAUACUGAAUGGAAUAAAUGAGAUUAUAUGCGGAUGGUUCGAGCCCUGAAUGUUGAAAGCCGUGGUAUAUUAGACCGUAUACCACAUGUAUGACCCAAAAACAUUUUUGGUGUUCUAAUUACGUUGGUAACCAAUUUAUAAUAGCAAUAAGGCACCUCAGGGGUUUGUGGUAUAUGGCCAAUAUACCACGGCUAAGGGCUGUAUCCAGGCACUCCGCGUUGCAUCAUGCAUAAGAACAGCCCUUAGCCGUAGUAUAUUCGCCAUAUACCACACCUCCUCUGGCCUUAUUGCUUAAAUAUAGAAUGCUGAGUGUGCGAUCAACAAGCACUAAGAUACUGCUGAUAAGCCUAAUUCUUAGAUACAGUAGAAAUGCCACACGUCAUUCUAAACUGACAUGCCUUUUGAUGUCAACUGCACUAUUUUCACUGACAUUUGGUUCUUGUGUUAGGCUCAAUAAAAAUAUGUACUGCUCAUAAGGGCAUCAUCUGACAAAUGUCAUCUGUGGUGUGUAAAAGGUUUUCAUACCUUGUACAUUUUUUUAGUAUUCAGAACACAACUAUGCUAUUCUUAUCAACCACUGGAUGGUGCCAAAGAGCCAGCAACAUGUUUGGUUCUGCUUUCUUACAAGUCUAGCAGCCCCCACCUCAACACAAAAAUAGAUAUGAGCAUUUGUUGCGUGAGCUUACGUUGAUUGUCUUUCAUGAGAAUUUAUAUUAUUAAGUGGUUUGAAGCAAGGCACUUUAACUAAUUAUCUAGAAGUAUAAUGAUGCAUUUACUCUACUUCACUUCUGCUUUGGAAUGCUAAGUUAUUGUGCUCUGGCUGUGAAGCCCUCCGUGUUAAUGUAGGAGAAUAAGGAAAUAAGUUUUGCUGUAGAUUUGAUCAUAACUGAAUGGAUUGUAUUUUUUGUACUUUUCUAAUUUGGUUUUGUGGUUUUCUAUUUCUUCCCCAAUUAUGAUUUAAAUUACUUCCAUACAGACCCAUUAAAAAGCAAUGUAUUCACAUCUCUUUAACAUUGAAUGGAUAAAAUAUAGGGGAUGUAAGCAGGUUCAACAUUUUACUGAAUCUCUAUGAUUCUCUGGUUAUUAAUUUUGUUUCUACUAAAAGUGGAUUUUGUUGUAUAAAGAAAAUGGCAGCUGGCUACUUGUAUUUGCACAACAAACACUUGUCUCAAAUACAUCAUUACAGUUGUUGGUUAGCUAAUGAAUUUGAGCCAUAAUAGUAUUGAUAUGAAUUCAGUCAAAACACAUCAAAACAAAACAUGGUAUCAAGAACAAGAUGAAACGAUUAACAAUUCCCCACAUGGUAGUUUCUUGUCAUUGUUGGUAGCAAUCUGGCCAUCCAGAAUUACAACUCAUGGACUGCUGCCCCAUUGAACUGUGAGGAUCUUUUGUGUGACGUUGUCAGCUAACUCAUCUAUGAUGCUCUGGUUAUUCAUUUGUUUUCUACUAAAAGGUUUAUUUUGUUAUAUAAAAAUGGCAGCUGGCUACCUGUAGCCACCUGUUUCUAUGACCGCACUGGAGGUGUGUGGAGGAGGUAUUGCCAUCAUUGCUGUUAACUGACAGGGAAAUAUUUUAGGCAAAUCUGAUCCAUGUUUCCUAAUAAACGAUCACAUCUGCAGUAACUACAUAGGAGCUUUAAUUGUCUUGUCUCCAUUCUCAGGAAUGGCAAGUAUCAUACAUUCACUGUUGUAUGUGAAGGCUUUAUAACAGAAUAAAAACCUUUUACUUGUA